AUGACCGAAGUGACGGGCUUUGUCCAAAGCAACGACAUCUCCAAAUACUCCGAGCUGGUCCUCGUCUGCUGCCAUGCGACCUACAUGGGCGACGGCGCCAACACCAGCGAAGACCAGUGGAUCCUCCAGCCCUUCCAAAGAGGCGACCCUAUGCUAAACAAACCCUCCGAACACGAUACCUUCAUCCAACAUAUCCUCGCGGCUGCGCAUAUCGUCCACAACGAUCCCCGUGCGCUGCUAGUAUUCUCGGGCGGAAGGACGACGCCUGCGCCUCGCACAGAGGCUGAAGGCUAUGCCACGAUCCUGAAGCACAUCGUCAACAACAAUGCCAUGCUCUAUCCCGCCGGCGUGCGCUUCGCGACGGAGACGUACGCGACAGAUUCCUACCAGAACCUGAUCUUCUCCAUCAUCCGCUUCCGGCAACUUACAGGCGUGUAUCCGAGGAACAUCACAGUUAUCACGCACGCCUUUAAAGAACGGCGAUUCCUCGAACUGCACGCCCCAGCGAUCAAGUGGCCUCACCACAGGAUUCGUGUGCAAGGGAUCAAUCCUCCAUUCACGUUGGACGAGCUGAACUUCACGCAGAAAGGCGAACAUGAGCGGGCUUACCGAUUCUUCGCCGAGGAUCCUUAUGGUGUCAGGACGCCUUUGCUGCAGAAGCGAAAGGAGAGGAAUUGGAAUGUCGACAAGGCGCAUGUCUUUCUGGGCUGGAAGUUGGAGUCUCCUGUGAUGGGGCUAUUGGAAUGGCAAGGUGGAAUGAGUGGAUGGGAGACAUUUCCAAGACGAUUGCCCUGGGAAGAUGAGACGACUGCCUGGAUGUAUGCGCCGAAGACUUGA